AUGGAUCCUCAACUGGUGGACCCCACCCCUCUCCCUCCCGACCCGCCUCCGGCAGCCUCCUCUACCACCAAAACUGGCGCUCCCCUCUCCCUCUCCAACUCGCUCGCCCCCGUCGGUUUAUACAACCGUGCCUCCUCCGACCCCCUCGACCCUCGUGCGCUCUUCGACCUCUUCGAUGACUGCAUGGCCUCGCACCGGUGGACCGAGGUCAAGUGCCUCUUCGGGACCUGGGUCCGCACCCUCGACAAGAAUGGCAAACCCAACAGUCCCGACGUCAACCUCUUCAACCACUACCUCCGCGCCAACCUUAUACUCGGCGCCUACGCCACCGACCUCCUCGACCUCGUUGCGCAGAUGGAUGAGUUCCGUGUCCAGCACAACACGGCGUCGUUUAACCUCGUUCUCAAAGCCAUGUGCCAGGCUAACGAAACCGUCGCCGCUGAUAAAUUGCUCCAACGGAUGCUGCAAACAGGAAAUGACGCUCUCCCUGACGACGAAUCAUAUGACUUAGUCAUUGGAAUGCUCUUUUCCCCAGACCAGAAUCAAAUUUUAAAAUCCAGUAAUGUCUUGUCAAUGAAGGUAUUUAUGAACUGUGUGAGGGCAUGUGUCAGAAAGGGAAGGCUUCAUACAUUGGUGACAAUAAUUGAAAGGUGCAGGAUGAAGGUGACUGCUGGUAGAACCUAUAAUUCUGAGUUGCUACGGGCAUCAUGGGCUGUUUUGGACCGCUCAUUGCGUAAAAAGAAAGCUCCUAAUCCUGAGUCAUAUAUUGCGAAGAUAUAUGCCCUUGCAUCAUUGGGAAAUCUACAAAGGGCUUCUAGUACUCUGAAUGAGUUUGAGUUGGCUUAUGGAGACUCUGGUCAAGAAGCUGAAGAAUUGUUCUGCCCAUUUACUUCAUUACAUCCAUUGGUUAUGGCAUGCUCCAAGAAGGGUUUUGAGACUCUAGAUAAUGUUUAUUUUCAACUGGAGAAUUUAAACCGUGCAGAGAAUCCUUAUAAAUCCGUUGCUGCUCUAAACUGCAUCAUUUUAGGAUGUGCAAACGUAUGGGACCUUGAUCGAGCUUACCAAACUUUUGAGUCAAUUGGAUCUAAUUUUGGGUUGAGUCCUGAUAUUCAUUCUUACAAUGGGCUGAUGUAUGCCUUUGGGAAGCUCAAGAAGACACAUGAAGCUUCAAAAGUGUUCGAGCACCUAAUGAGUCUGGGUCUCAAGGCUAAUGCAAAAUCAUAUUCUCUACUCAUUUAUGCCCACUUGAUUAAUAGGGAUGUCAAAUUUGCCCUUGUCAGUGAUUGA